GUUGAUAACACAACGUGUCGCCAUGACGGACGGAACGGAUAUCGGUGGUGGUCUGGAUGAAAAGAAGUCUGAAGACGGCGAAGAGAAUGACCACAACGAUGUGUUAACGUUGAAGGGAGUGACGCGAUCGGAGACGAGCGAUUUUCCCGAGGACAGUGGCGUAGGGUGUGGGAGUGAGAGGGAGAGUGAGGCAGGCAGUGAGGUUGAGGUUUUCGAUGACGCCGAUGUGAUUCAUUCGUUCAUUCAUUGUACCAGCGACGAAGCGGAGGCGAGACUAUGGGCGAAACGGCAGGCCAGAGCCGAGGCGCGAGACAUCCGAAUGCGCGAGCUGGAGCGGCAGCAGCGCGAGCAGGAGGAGAACGCCGACAAGCAGUUCGACAUGCUGUCGGGCGGGUCGGGCGACGCGGCCGCCCACGCCGUCGCUGCGACGAGGACGCCGCGCGGGGCGGCCGGGCGGUACCUGUCGCUGGGCAGCCGCCGGAGCUCGGAGGACUCGCUCGAGGACGGGGGGGCGGGUACGCUCAGAGAGAUGAGGCAUGAACUCAAGGAGGUGGAGGACAAAUUCCGCAAAGCCAUGAUCGCCAAUGCUCAGCUGGACAAUGACAAGACCUCGCAUACCUACCAGCUGGAGCUGUUGAAAGAUAGGCUGGAGGACCUCGAGGAGGAGCACGCCCAGCUGCGGCGCGAGCACCGCGACGAGGUGCGCGAGCGCGAGCAACUGCGGCGCGCGUGCGCCAAACUGCGCGACGACUUGGCGGCGACGGCGCGCGAGCUGCAGGAGCGCGACCGCCUUAUCGCCGACAAGGGGCUGGUGGUGGUGCAGACGGAGGGGGAGGGUGGGGGGGUGCAGAGGGCGCUGGUGACGGCGGAGAACGCGCGGUUGCUGGAAGACGCCGGCGAGGGCAGUUUGGAUGUCCGGCUGGAGAGGUUUGCGAGAGAAAAAUCCGAACUGCAAGAUCAAAUUAGUCAUUUAAAAUUAGAAUUAGAGGAGGAGAAGAGCAAGAGGAGGAAACCGAGUUCAGCAGGACUUCUGAACGGUCCCUCUUCUGAUUACGAUUAUGACGACUUGCAAAGAGAGGCGAGCAAACAGCUAGCCGACUACAAAUUCAGGGCUCAGAAAGCUGAGCAGGACGUGGCGACGUUGCAAGCGACGGUGGCGCGGCUCGAAAGUCAGGUGAUCAGGUACAAGACGGCCUCCGAGAUUUCCGAACAAUCCGAGGAGGCUCUCAAGGCCGAAAAAAGGAAAUUGCAGCGAGAGGCAAGAGAUGCUCUCAGUAGAGCUGAAGAACUGGAAACGUCGAACACACACCUCCUCAAACGACUGGACAAAUUGAAAAACGCAAAAUCUGCCCUACUCAAAGAACUCUGACAAUAGUGUUGGUCUCAAAAGUGCUGGAAACGUCUUAUAUGUAUAUGUGCAAAAUAGGAAUAGUUCAUUCACAGAGUCUCCUUAUCGGUACUUUUUUUAACUAAAUUCGUUUUAAUUCAUUUUAACACAAAUAUUCUUUUAAUGCCUUUUAACCUGAUUUUUAUGAUGUUUGAAUUGCCUCUCCUUUGAUGAUUUCUUAUUGAUUUUCGGGUCACAAUUCUAUAAGAUAAACAAGGCUCAAAUCGUCGAAAAAAUGUCAAAAUUGUUAUUUUAGGAGUCAAAAUAUUGCCAAUAUUGGUGAGUAUGAAUAUUUCAGCAGAAUUAACAAGAUAUAAAGUGAUCCACUUAUUAAUACUUUUUCAUAGUUCAAUAAUGCAAUACCUUGGCCACUGACUGUUGCAGGGGUGCCUAUAUCAGAUAAGUUUGGUCAUUAUAUCUCCAAGAACCUCCCAAUGUUUUGCUUGGUAAUAGUGGGUCAUAAAAAAUAGUUUUUUAAUAUACUACAUAGGAAAUCGAAAUCAAAGAACAGCCGAAAAAUUCGGUAAUGUCUAUAUAUGUGAUCCGAAAUACUUGUUAAUUUAGCCAAUAUUAUACUUAUUCGCCCUGUAUUAUUUGUAUUUAUUUCAUAGUUAGGCUUAUAAUUUUAAUGUUUUGUAAAUAAAGAUGAUAAUAUAUCAAAGUCUCAGGACUGAAAUAUCCUUAAAAUUGGCAUACACUCAUAGUACUUAUUUAAAUAAUCAUCAUUGGAUUACUUAUCUCAACUUCAGCUCAUUGACUAAAAAACUAGCUCAAGACUAUUCUCAAUUGUGAUUUUUGGAUAAGGAUUCCUAAAUUGGCUCAAAAAUUUCAGGACUACUGGUGAUAUUUUGAUGGCUAUUUAUUUACUAAAUUAUAGUAAUUAUUUUGAGUAACUUGGCAAAUUUUGAAAAAUAUCAUCUAUUUCUUUGGUAACUGCAUACCCUACCUAUUGCAAGUAACGCUUAAAAUUAUAUAAAAUAAUGUACAUAGAAAAUAUGUGAUUUUUGUGUAUACUUCAAUAAUCGAUUUGGUAAUGGUAAAUAAAACUAAUUUAUAG